GCUCCUCAACUCCUUCUCGGUGGGCAGCGAACCCCGGCCGCAGUCCCCAGUCCGAGACGCAAGAUGGCGACAGACGCCUGACUGACUUUGGGGGGACAAGGAGAGGGCCCGAUCCGGGCUGUGGUGCUCCUGGUGAUCGCGUGGAACUCGCCGCCCGCGGGCUUGCUUGAGCGGAGUGUCUGGGUCGGCGUCCGGUGAGCCGCAGCCUAAUCGGUUCUCUGUAGAAUUGGCUCCCUUGCUAGUUGGGGGAAAAUGGCGAUGGCGCUGUUGGAAGAUUGGUGCAGGGGGAUGGAUGUGAACUCGCAGAGAGCUCUGUUGGUUUGGGGGAUCCCAGUGAACUGUGAUGAGGCUGAAAUCGAAGAGACCCUCCAGGCUGCGAUGCCCCAGGUACCCUAUCGGGUACUUGGGAGAAUGUUCUGGAGGGAAGAGAAUGCGAAAGCAGCCUUAUUAGAGCUCACUGGCGCGGUGGAUUAUGCCGCGAUCCCCAGGGAGAUGCCGGGCAAAGGAGGGAUGUGGAAAGUGAUUUUUAAACCCCCUACGUCGGAUGCUGAAUUUUUAGAAAGGUUGCACCUCUUCCUAGCUCGUGAGGGGUGGACCGUGCAAGAUGUUGCCCGUGUCCUUGGGUUUCAGAACCCCGCCCCGGCCCCGGCCCCGGCCCCAACCCCGGGCCCCGAAAUGCCAACCGAGAUGCUCAACUAUAUCUUGGAUAAUGUGAUCCAGCCUCUUGUGGAAUCCAUAUGGUACAAGAAGCUGACGCUGUUCUCGGGAAGGGACAUCCCCGGGCCUGGAGAGGAGACCUUCGACUCCUGGCUGGAGCACACCAAUGACGUCAUAGAGGAGUGGCAGGUGUCUGACGUAGAAAAGAGACGAAGGUUGAUGGAGAGUCUUAGGGGCCCCGCCGCGGAUCUCAUUCGCAUCCUCAAGACCAGCAACCCCGGGAUAACCACCGCCGAAUGUCUGAAGGCGCUGGAGCAGGUGUUUGGAAGCGUGGAGAGCUCUAGGGAUGCGCAGGUCAGGUUUCUGAACACUUACCAGAACCCGGGAGAGAAGCUCUCCGCUUACGUCAUCCGCCUGGAGCCCCUGCUGCAGAAAGUAGUGGAAAAGGGGGCCAUCGAUAAGGAUAACGUGAAUCAGGCCCGUCUGGAGCAGGUCAUUGCUGGGGCCAACCACAGCGGGACCAUCCGAAGACAACUCUGGCUGACAGUGGCUACAGAGGAACGGGCCCCAAACCUCUUCCAGUUGCUGGUGCAGAUCCGCGAGGAGGAGGCCAAGGAGGAGGCGGAGGAGGCUGAGGCCGCCCUUCUGCAGUUGGGACUAGAGGGGCACUUCUGAGGCGCCGGAAAGGGGUCGGUGCAGACCUCGCACACAGCUGCUUUCCUUGUCCCUAACAGGUGUGUCCUCAGUAGUAAAAAGACCUAGCUGUGUUCUGUUUUUGUUGUGUUUUUCUUUUGUGGGGAGAGGGAUUUGGGCAUUUUGGCCUGCCUGUUCGUGUGAUUUUGCUAAAAUCGCUCAAAGAGCACCAGGGCUGCUCUAAUACUAAUGGGUUUGCUGGCUGCACUGCAAGCUGUCCCGGGUCUUGAGAAAUGUGAACCUGUGACUCCUCCCAUUCAGAAACUGCAUGUGCAGAUUCAGGAAAUGUCCAGUAAACAUGUGAACUGUUACACUGUCACCAAUAGUGUCAUUAGUUUGUAUUGAGUUAUUUGUAAUUUGCUCCUUGUGUACAUAGUAAUGGAACGAAAUCAUUUCACUUGACAGUGCAGAUUUCUAAUUUCUCAUCUUUAAAGAGCUGAGUCAGUAUAACUGAAGGUUCUCUGAGACUACAAAAUGGGGCCCUGGAAAGGUAUGGCAAGUGUGGAGUCGUACACCGUCAGGCAUGUACCACAAACAACAAUCAGGGGGAGAUUGGGAUGAACCAACUCCAGUAAUCCAUUCCCCUUUCCUAGUCCAAUCUUUGUCAAAAAUAGUUCCUGUUCAUGCUGAUUUUAAGUCUUCUAAAUUUGAAGUUAUUAAACAAGUGUAUUAGAAUAAAAUAUUGUAAAAAAUC